GCGCCGCGAGAGUGCGAUCAGAUUGGCUGGAGGGAGGGCGGUGUCGGUCUACGCCUCCCAACUCGGCUGGCUGGCGUUGGCGUUUGCUCAGUGUGUGUGUGUUUGGAGGGGGCUGGGGGACUACCUGUGUGGACCUCUUGACAGGUGAGGAGAGGUGCACGGAAACCCAUUCGCCUUCUUUCACAGCGGAGGCCGAAACAGGUCGACCAGUCAAUUCUUGUUCCUAUUGGAUGUUUCCAUGUUUCACCAUGUUGAGGGCUAAGAACCAGCUUUUUUUACUUUCACCACAUUACCUGAAGCAAGUAAAAGAAUCAUCCGGCUCCAGGUUCCUAUGUCAACGACUUCUACACCAGCAACAACCCCUUCAUCCAGAAUGGGCUGCCUUGGCUAAAAAGCAGCUGAAAGGCAAAAACCCAGAAGACCUAAUAUGGCACACCCCAGAAGGGAUCUCCAUAAAGCCCUUGUAUUCCAGGAGGGAUACUAUGGACUUACUUGAAGAACUUCCAGGAGUGAAACCAUUCACACGUGGGCCAUAUCCCACCAUGUAUACCUUUAGGCCCUGGACCAUCCGACAGUAUGCCGGCUUUAGUACUGUGGAAGAGAGCAAUAAGUUCUAUAAGGACAAUAUAAAGGCUGGUCAGCAGGGAUUAUCAGUUGCUUUUGAUCUGGCGACACAUCGUGGCUAUGAUUCAGAUAAUCCUCGAGUUCGUGGUGAUGUUGGAAUGGCUGGAGUUGCUAUUGACACUGUGGAAGAUACCAAAAUUCUUUUUGAUGGAAUUCCUUUAGAAAAAAUGUCAGUUUCUAUGACCAUGAAUGGAGCAGUUAUUCCAGUUCUUGCAAAUUUCAUAGUAACUGGAGAAGAACAAGGUGUACCUCAAGAGAAACUUACUGGUACCAUCCAAAAUGACAUACUAAAGGAAUUUAUGGUCAGAAAUACUUACAUUUUUCCUCCAGAACCAUCCAUGAAGAUUAUUGCUGACAUCUUCCAAUAUACAGCAAAGCACAUGCCAAAAUUUAAUUCAAUUUCAAUUAGUGGAUACCAUAUGCAGGAAGCAGGGGCUGAUGCCAUUCUGGAACUGGCUUAUACUAUAGCAGAUGGAUUGGAGUAUUCUAGAACUGGACUCCAAGCUGGCCUGACAAUUGAUGAAUUUGCACCAAGGUUGUCUUUCUUUUGGGGAAUUGGGAUGAACUUCUAUAUGGAAAUAGCAAAGAUGAGAGCUGGGAGAAGACUCUGGGCUCGCUUAAUAGAGAAAAUGUUUCAGCCUAAAAACUCAAAAUCUCUUCUCCUAAGAGCACAUUGUCAGACAUCAGGAUGGUCACUUACUGAGCAGGAUCCUUAUAAUAACAUUGUUCGUACUGCAAUAGAAGCAAUGGCAGCAGUGUUUGGAGGGACUCAGUCUUUGCACACAAAUUCCUUUGAUGAAGCUUUGGGUUUGCCAACUGUGAAAAGUGCUCGAAUUGCUAGGAACACACAAAUAAUCAUUCAAGAAGAAUCUGGGAUUCCCAAAGUGGCUGAUCCUUGGGGAGGUUCAUAUAUGAUGGAAUCUCUCACAAAUGAUGUUUAUGAUGCUGCCUUGAAGCUCAUUAAUGAAAUUGAAGAAAUGGGUGGAAUGGCCAAAGCUGUAGCUGAGGGAAUACCUAAACUUCGAAUUGAAGAAUGUGCUGCCCGAAGACAAGCUCGAAUAGAUUCUGGUUCUGAAGUCAUUGUUGGAGUAAAUAAGUACCAGUUGGAAAAAGAAGACUCUGUAGAGGUCCUGGCGAUUGAUAAUACUUCAGUGCGUAACAAGCAGAUUGAAAAACUUAAGAAGAUUAAAUCAAGCAGGGAUCAAGUUUUGGCUGAACAGUGUCUUGCUGCACUUACCGAAUGUGCUGCCAGUGGAGAUGGAAAUAUUUUGGCUCUUGCAGUGGAUGCAGCUCGGGCAAGAUGUACAGUUGGAGAAAUCACAGAUGCCCUGAAAAAGGUAUUUGGUGAACAUAAAGCUAAUGAUCGUAUGGUGAGUGGAGCAUAUCGCCAGGAAUUUGGAGAAAGUAAAGAGAUAAUAUCUGCUAUCAAGAGAGUUCAUAAAUUCAUGGAACGUGAAGGUCGCAGACCUCGUCUUCUUGUGGCAAAAAUGGGACAAGAUGGCCAUGACAGAGGUGCAAAAGUUAUUGCUACAGGAUUUGCUGAUCUUGGUUUUGAUGUGGACAUAGGUCCUCUUUUUCAGACACCACGUGAAGUGGCCCAGCAGGCUGUGGACGCAGAUGUGCAUGCUGUCGGUGUAAGCACACUUGCUGCUGGUCAUAAAACCCUAGUUCCUGAACUCAUAAAAGAACUGAACUCCCUUGGACGGCCAGAUAUUCUUGUUAUGUGUGGAGGAGUGAUACCACCACAGGAUUACGAAUUUCUGUUUGAUGUUGGUGUUUCCAAUGUAUUUGGCCCUGGGACUCGAAUUCCAAAUGCUGCCAUUCAAGUGCUUGAUGAUAUUGAGAAGUGUUUGGAAAAGAAGCAGCAAUCUGCAUAAUAUCCUGUUUUUGUUUUAACCUUUUUCUGCAUUAUUUUUAAAAUUAUGUUCAAAGAAGAGAGUAAAGCUAUGUUUUCAAAUUAAGUUCAACAUCUGAACUGUACUUGAAAGCUUUAUAGUGAAAUGCCAUAAGUGUGUUGUCAUACUGCAAGCGUGUAUGUACAAUUUCACUU